AUGGCUUCGACCGCCGACAGCCUUUCCGACACAGAAGGCAACGGGAAGGAGAGAGGUAGCUGGUCACACAAAUGCGACUACCUCUUCACAAUGGCGGGCUAUGCCAUCGGGCUCAGCAACGUGUGGAGAUUCCCUUACCUGUGCUACAUAAAUGGCGGAGGAGCGUUCCUGAUUCCAUACCUGCUGAUGCUGGUGCUGGUGGGCAUCCCGCUGUUCUUCCUGGAGACGGCCGUUGGUCAGUUCAGCUCCUCCAGUUGCCUCACUGUUUUCUCUGUUUGUCCGGCUUUCAAAGGGCUUGGCAUGGCGUCCAUUGCUAUCAACUUAAUGACCCUGACGUACUACAUUGUCCUGGUGUCGUUUCCCGUCCUGUUCCUCACCUAUUCCUUCAGCUGGGAACUCCCGUGGGCUUCGUGCGGAAACAGCUGGAACUCAGCCAACUGCACGGUUGUAUGUAUGGCAGAGUUACUGUCUAACAUGGAAGACGGCAUUUCUUCAGCUGACGAAUUCUUUCACCGGAAGAUUCUGCACAUUUCGUCCGGUCUGGACGACCUCAGCCGCGUUCAGUGGCAGAUCGUCGCCGUGACCUUCCUGACCAUGGCUGUUCUCUUCUUCUGCGUCUUCAAAGGGAUUAAAGUCAUGGGGAAGGUUGUGUGGUUCACAGCAACAUUUCCUUUCGUGAUGCUGUUUGUCCUUCUGGUCCGUGGCAUUUCUCUCCCGGGAGCCAUAGAUGGAAUCCACUUCUACAUCUACCCUGAGUUUGAAAGAUUGAAAGAAAUGAAGGUUUGGGCAGCAGCGGCCAUGCAGAUCUUUUACUCCUUGGGCCCAGGGUGGGGGUCGCUCAUCAGCUUCGGUUCCUACAACAAAUUCCACAACCGGUGCACGAGAGACGCACUCAUUGUCCCCGUCCUGAACUGCAGCGCCUCCAUUCUUGCAGGAUUCGUCGUCUUCUCGGUGCUCGGCUUCAUGGCCAAGAGAGCUGGCGUUUCUGUUGAGGAAAUUACUGUUGCCGGCCCGUCUUUGGUGUUUAUUGUGUACCCUGAGGCUUUGUCACUGAUGCCCUUUGCUCCCCUGUGGUCCGUCUUCUUCUUCCUCAUGUUGUUCUUCUUGGGCGUUGACUCGUGUUUCGCCCAUGUAGAGACUUCAGUGUUGUGUAUCCUGGACGAGUUUCCGAAGUUACGUGGUCACAGAGGCUGGGUCACUUUCGUCAUUUGCUUCAUUUCCUUCUUGGUGACAAUCCUCUUUGCAACGGAUGGUGGGAUGUACUGGCUUACACUGGUGGACUGGUACUGUGCGUCGUUCACUGUCAUUGUUAUUUGUUUCUGCCAGAUAUGCAUAUUCAGUUACAUCUAUGGUACUGGUCGAAUUAUACAAGAUUUUCAGUUGAUGAUCGGGCGUCGAAUUAGCUACGUGUGGUGGAUCAUUUGGAUGGCUGUCACUCCGCCUGUGCUCCUUUGUAUCCUCGCGAACACUGCGCUGUGUCACUCGGGCGCAGGAUACCGAGGCCACGCCUUCCCGACCUGGGCUCAGAGCAUCGGCUGGGUCAUGGCCUUCACAUCCAUGCUGCUCAUUCCGGCCUACUUCCUCUACUACUUCUGUUGUCGAACUACAGGCUCGUUCAGACAGCGGAUCACGACCUGCCUGUCUCCAGCUCCUGCCUGGGGUCCGGUCCAGGAAAGACACAGGCAAGAGUGGCAUCAGCACCGCGUCAAACACCCGUUGCGUCACCGGCUCGUUCAUCCGGACCUUUGUGCUGCGGAGACCAUUAACCUUUCAAUAUCAGAGCUAAUUAAGAUUCACUGCCAUUGCUCUUUUCCACGAGGGGGGGCCGGAAAAAGAGUAAAAAACGGGCCCCUUGAGGGGGUUUUCCCGGGGGCCAUCCCGAGGUUCAGUUUAAAGGUUAUUGGUUCGUUUAGGGCCUGGGUUCCAUGGUUACGCGACCUCAAGGGGCGAGAACUGCGUGUGUUUACAUUCAACCACGCCCCAUCUGUAUUCUCCGACGUGGACCAAGACGGCUUUUUGCAUAACGUGUCGGGUAUCGAUAUCAGGGUGAGGUUUUUAGGUAGAAAGUACGGUGUAAAGGUUGCGAUGCCAAUUUUCUGUGACUCCAGUGUCAAAAUUGAUGAAGAACUCUGUCUUGUUUCUGUUAUCCAUCAAACACAACAGUCAAAUCGUGUUUUGGAAAUAAGAAAUACAGUUUCUGGCAAAUUGGGUUAUUCACGCCUUGUUCUCGACACGCGCGAUACAGGUUGUUGUAUGACUCUACUUCAAGAGAGACUCCUCCCUGCCUGUUCUCAGCAAGGGAAAUCAACUCUCUCCAUUGCCCCCUUCACACGCUCAUCUGUAAAUUCACCUUUCGCCAAAUGA